GUGACGCUUUGAGGUACAAACGCAAAUUCAUCAUCCAUGGCUACGUCUGCAAGCAGAACCUACGAGCAACAAAACGAUGAGCAGCUAGAUGCACUACACUCUAAACUCAGGACUCUGCGAGGGAUCACAAUAGACAUACAUGAUGACGCGGAGCGUCAGAAUCGUGAGCUGGAUGGGACAAGAGAUUAUCUCUCGUCUUUUGCUUCUGGGCUUUCCCAAUCAGGCCGGAAUGCCACCCGCGCUUUUGGUGGCGCUGGGGGAAUCUCACAGCUCCGAAUGAUAGUACUGGUGGUGUCAUUUUUUAUUGGGUUCUGGAUAACAUGGAAGGCUGUCCGGUGGUUUUUCCCCUCAACUUCGUCGUAAUGCCUCGAACCAGGAACACAUGCAUUUUAUAAUCAUGUACCUUAUUGGCACCCUUAAUGUAUUGUUAUUUGUCCAGAGAGUCCGAAUUCUGGGAGCGCCGGAUCCCAUACUUUAGACUCUGUCCAGGCCUGAAGUGGUAGACACUUCUGAUGAAUCUACUUACACUCCUUGCACCACUCCGCUUCUUGAAUAUCCCGAGCCAAGAUACCAGACCGGGGGACUAUAUUUGGAUCAUCAGUGGUGGAAGUUGAUGCUCGGCACUCAAUUAUUAAUAAC